GUGUUCAAAAUGAUUACCCACCAAAUUCUCCUCCUCCAAAUAUGUCUGGCGAUGGUGGCAUUGGGAGCGCCCCUGAUAGAUUCAGAUGUUAAAUCAAACACAACAUCAUGUUGUACAAUAUCUCGUUGUACAGAAAUUCCAAUGAGUGACGAAAAUCACGAUAUCUUCCAAUGUUAUAAAAAAGAAGUUUGCGGUGAAGAAUGUACGGAUUACAAGAAAAGACCUCUACCUCCAGUUCCUCAAUACCAAAGAAAAAAUUACUACGUAAAAAAAAUAUGCAACAUAUACGGAUGCUAUGACUACGCUUUCGACUGUAGGAGAUGUUUAGAUCCAAAACGAGGCGAUUUCAAUCCGUAUAAUAUUAACGAGAAUUGUAUGAAUUGUUACUAUUAGAAAAUAUAAUGUAAAAUUUAUGUUUCUGAGUUUUUCUAUAAACUUAAGAAGAAAGCCAUAAAAUAUAAAAA